AUGAUAGGACAAUGGUCAGAAAGGGAGGAAUUAAGGUAUUCAGAACACACAUCACCCUUCAUACUCAUCCACUCCCCAUUGCCUAAACAUCUAUCAAUUCUGCUAGCAGUUUUACUGCAAGCUUAAUUUUGUUAUGGUGAUCAAAAGACGGUAGAGGUCAUUGAUAUUAGUGAAUGUGCUGAUUGUCAUCAGAACAAUAUCAAGCACAACCAUGCUUAUGAAGGGCUUAGUGUUACCAUUGACUGCAAGAUUGCGAGUGGUGAGGUGAAGACAUGAGGGGAAGGAAAGCUUGAUAAAGAUGGGAAGUUUAGAGUAGAUUUUCCACAUGAGCGUGUAGGAAAUGGGAAGAAAUUGAAGGAAGAAUGAUAUGCACAACUUCACGGUACAUCAGAUAUACCAUGUCCCGCUCAAAAUGGGAUACAGUCUUCAAAGUUGGCCUUUAUUUCUGAAUCUGAUGAAAAACACACAUUUACCUCAGUUGGAAAACUGAAAUUCUCACCAGCAACCUGCACAUCUGCCUUCUUGUGGCCUUACUUCAAGUAUCCGUCUUUUCAUAAGAAAUCCUUCUCCAAGUGGCCAUUCACCUUCCCUAAGGUCCCAUGCCCUCCCUUUUUCAAGAAACAUUUUUUCAAUAAAACAUUUUUCUCCAUCCUGAAAUUCAAGAAAUUGUUCCCACAUUUCCCCAUAUACAAGAAACCUUACCCAUCACCAAUGCCAGUAUACGAGAAGCCCCUCCCACCACCAGUGCCAGUAUAUGAAAAUCCUCUUCCAUCCCCUCCAGUAUACAAGGAGCCACUCCCACCACCUGUGCAUGUGUACAAGAAGCCACUCCCACCACCCGUUCCAGUGUAUGAGAAUCCUUAUCCACCACACGUGUCAGUAUACAAGAAGCCUUGCCCACCAUCCGUACCAGUAUACAAGACUCCACUCCCACCGCCUGUGCCUGUAUACAAGAAGCCACUUCCACCACUCGUGCCAGUGUAUGAGAAGCCACUUCCACCACCGGUUCCUGUACACAAGAAGCCAUGUCCUCCUAUAUUUACGAAGCCACUCAUCCCAAUAUAUAAUCCAAAGCCUAUUCCUCCUAUUACUUUCCCUGAGAAGCCAUGUCCUCCUAUUAGUAUUCCUAAGCUCCCACCAUUUAAGUUCCCACAUUACCCCAAGUUUCUUCCAAAGGUUUAUGAACACCCCAAGUUCAAAAAGUGGCCUUCUUUGCCACUAAUCCCUCUCAUCCUUGAAAGUCCCUUUGCAUUACUUGUAGCUCCUUCAUUUGCAUUAUUUCAUCAAAGGAUUAAAUUGAUGCAGUAA